AUGAACAAUGGAAGUGCUGGAGGCGGACGGCUCCUCGACGGCAACGCACUUUUCGAGACGAUCGCCUCUUCUUCGACCGGCGCCAUUAUUACGGCCCUGCUGAUGACCCCGAUGGAUGUGGUCAAGAUCCGACUUCAGCAACAGAUCAAGCCGCUUACCACCGGGGAAUGUUUCAUUUACAGCAACGGGCUGAUGGACCAUCUGUGCUCGGCGUGCGCCCAAUCCGCCAAGAAUAUACCCUGUGAAUGGUAUCAGCGCCCAAACUACUUCAACGGCACCGUCGACGCAUUCGUGAAGAUUGCCCGCUACGAGGGCGUGCGCUCGCUGUGGAGCGGCCUGUCCCCCACGCUGGUGAUGGCCAUCCCGGCGACCGUCUUCUAUUUUUCGACGUACGAUUUGUUAAAGAAGCUCCUACAACAACGCGAGUUUUCCGGGGUGGCCGUCCCGCUGCUUGCCGGCGGUCUGUCGAGAACCAUCGCCGUCACCGUCGUCUCGCCCCUUGAGCUGAUCCGGACGAAAAUGCAGAGCGAGAAAAUGAGCGCUGUUGAAGUCGGCCAGGCCAUCCGGAACUCGAUCGCCGCCCACGGAUGGAUAGGGCUUUACCUCGGCUGGGCCCCCACGUUACUCCGCGACGUUCCAUUUUCCGCGAUUUACUGGUCCGUCGUCGAGGUGGUGAGGGCCCGAUUGAUACGCUGGACCAACCGCACCGAGUCGCACAUCGGCCUCAGCGCGCUGGCCGGCGCCACCGGCGGCACGAUAGCCGCCAUUUGCACGCAGCCAUUUGACGUCGUGAAGACGAAGCGUCAGAUUUUGCUGGGCACAGCGAUAGCGACAGGAAAAGCGGCCCCAGAGACCGGCGUGAUCAGCGUGAUGCGCCAAGUCAUGAGCACGGGCGGCUGGCGUGCGCUUUGGGCCGGACUCGCGCCAAGAAUCGCGAAGGUCUCCGCGGGUUGCGCCAUCAUGCUCGGCACUUACGACCAUCUGAAGCUCUACUUUGCACGAAGGAAAUUGCCGCUGAAA